UCUCCAUCUCCAAUAAUAAUUACUAAUGCACUGUCAAUGUCUUCUGAAAGUGUUGGGUAAAUAAUCAGUUCCACUGUAUCCCGUCCUGUCUUGGGCCAAUAAUAUCAUUCACCAUCUUCCACGACCCAGACCGCAUCAGUUAUUAUGGUAGCUAUCUAGUUACUAUGCGACCAGCUACGAUGCAAGAUAACUCGGAACAUCCAGAAUUGGCUUGAUCUACUCUGUGUGAGAUUGAAUAUUAUUGUAUGGUUGAGCAGUGUGAUAAUGAUGAUAAUAAUAUUGGCCAGUCCAGGUAACGUUAUCGCGACAGGGAUUAAGUAUUAGAUAAGUCAACCCCGCAUGGCCUGUUCACUAUCGCAAAUAUUCAUACUUGAGUUGUUGUAGAAACAUCUCGCAUAUAUUAACAAGAACAAAACAUACAAUAAAUAAUAAUCCCCUAUGGAUGCAGAAAUAUUAAUUGUCGGCGCUGGCAUAUUUGGCGUAAGCACAGCGUACCACCUCGCCCAAAGACACCAUGACCCAUCCAAGAUCACAGUGCUCGAUCGAGCACCAGUACCAGCAGCAUGUGCGGCCUCAACGGACAUAAAUAAAAUCGUCCGUGCGGAUUACUCGAAACCAUUCUAUGUCGAGCUCGCGUAUGAAGCCAUGGAUGCCUGGAGGAGCUUUCCAUUCUUCAGGGACGCCAACGUUUAUCACCAGACGGGGUGGAUCAUGAUGGAUGAGAAAAACAGCGAUCUGGCGGUUAGAAUCCGCAAGAACUUCCGUGAUGGCAAUCGGGAGGAUGUCUCUGCCGAUUUGACUGAAGAGGAAGUACGGACUAGAUGGGGGGCCCUCCUGGCGCAGAUGGAUGCACGGGAAUAUGGCUCGUACUAUUGGAAUCCGUCAGCAGGCUGGGCGGAUGCCGCAAAAGCAGUCGAGGUGAUGAUGCACGAAGCAACAAGAUUGGGCGUCAAGUAUGAGGUUGGAGAAGCUGCGCGGAUUGUUUUUGAACAGGGUGCGGUAAAAGGUGUAGAAACAAAGGAUGGAAGACGGCACACAGCAGAGAAAGUGCUAUUAGCUACAGGAGCGUGGACGAGCCAGCUGAUGUCGACAGUCGAAGACGAGCUUAAUAUGCCAGACGCUGAAAGAGUCGAAAAUCAAGUUACAGCUGCUGGCGUUUGCGUCGCACAUUUUCAGCUUAAGCCGGAGGAAGCGGCAUUAUACAGACAGUUGCCCGUGCUCAUCUUUGGAGCCAAAGGAGAAGUGCUCCCUCCCACUGAUCGGGACGUGUUCAAAUUCACGAAUGCAACUUCAUUCAGAAACACAAUCACAACCAAGACAGGCCACAAGAUAUCCGUACCACCGGACCAGGAGCAGCACAUCGUGCCAUUGAAACUCCAGGAAGAGUCUAUUAAACUAGUACGAGACCGUAUUCCCCAGAUCUUGGAAAAUGGGAGGAAAGUCGACUACUACCGAAUGUGCUGGGAUGGAAUCACCCCUAAUCAGAGCCAGCUCCUCACACAACACCCGGACCCACGGCUAUCUAACCUGUACUUCGCGGUAGGAGGAUCUUUUCACAGCUGGAAGUUCCUUCCCACGAUCGGGAAAUAUGUUGCGAAUGUGCUUGAAGGCAUAAGUAAUGGUCCCGAGAAGGACGAAGUCUGGUCGUGGAAGCAUCCAUCAUCCCUUGCUGAACGAGGUGCUCACGAAAAGGUAGUACCUCGGAGGGAAUUGAGAGAUCUCGAGUAACUCUCGGGGAUGACAAAAGUACAGACGGAAUGGGCCAAUUCGUUGCUUAAUUGGAUGACACGAACAUUAUCGUGUUUUUGUAGUCCGAGGCACUGCCCAUCUUGACAAUAGGACUUCACAGUAUUAGAGCUCGUAGAGACUUUAAGUUUGAAGUUAUGCAUCUUGAUAAAGUCGGUCGUGGCAUCCCUAAUCUUGAUCUCGCUUAUGAGAUCCACGAACCACGUAUUGGUACUCUAUCAUGGAUGAAAAUUAUGCAUUCCGGA